AAACCCUAAUCAUAUAUAUAAAUGCGCAUCAUUUCGCCAGUAAGAAACCCUAGACGCAGUCCCUAAAACGACCACUGAAGAAGAAGGCUUUCAUAGCUUUUACAAAUUAUUUUGAUACAGAGAGGAAAAAAUGAAGGUAAUUGCAGCUUAUUUGUUGGCCGUUUUGGGUGGCAAUGCAUCACCUUCAGCUAAAGACUUGAAAAGCAUCCUUGGUUGCGUUGGUGCUGAGGCUGAUGAUGACAGAAUCGAACUGCUCUUGUCUCAAGUUGAGGGAAAAGACAUCACUGAGCUGAUUGCUGCCGGCAGAGAAAAGUUGGCUUCAGUACCUGCUGGUGGUGGUGGUGCUGUUGCAGUUGCUGCACCUACUGGUGGAGGAGCUGCUGCAGCCCCUGCUGAGGAGAAGAAGGAAGAAAAAAAGGAGGAGAAAGAGGAGUCCGACGAUGACAUGGGCUUCAGUCUUUUCGAUUAGAAGAAAAUAUUGGUCUUCUUUUGCAGGACAUGGGCUUCAGUCUUUUCGAUUAGAAGAAAAUAUUGGUCUCUCUGCAUAAUGUAUUCCCUUCACCGGUUUCCCUUGAGCUUAUUUUAGGAAGUUUGUUGUCUACUUACGGAUUUUGUUGUUUGCAUAGUUGAAGAACCUAGAUUUUGCUUUUAAAAACUUGCUUGAGGCAGACAUUGGAAAUUAUAAUGAUGUUGAUUUCAAAAUUACAGUUUGUUGUUUGAUGCAUCAUUUCAUUGUCUUUAAUAGCUACUGUAAUAUUCAGAUGUUUUUCCCAAAA